AUGACAGAUUAUGGUUGUUGUGCUGCUCAGAUGCUGGUACCUUUUGGUGUCAAUUUGAUAGGAAUUACCAACACAUCUCGUUCGAUUAGUCCAUUUCAUCAAUGUGGAACAUUAGAAGAUCUUCCUCGGUUUUUAGAAACUGCUGACUAUGUAGUUAAUCUCUUACCCAAUACACCUCAAACUCAAAAUAUUUGGAAUGCAACGUUAUUUGCUCAAAUGAAACCAAUAGCGAUAUUUAUCAAUGCAGGACGAGAAACAAUUGGCAGGUGCAGUAUUGAUGCCUGUCGAAAAGAACCAUUACCUUCCGACCAUCCAUUUUGGCGUACACAAGGACUUCUCCUUACUAGUCAUAGUGCUGCACCAUCUCUAGCCUAUGCUAUUGUUGAGCUUUUUUGUGACAAUCUUAGUAUGCGUGGUAGAGUUGAUUUUGAUCGUGGUUAUUAG